CAACCCAGGGAAGGUCUCAAAACAAGAAAAAACACCAACCCCUCAUCUCCCCUUCCCUCUCCUCUCCUCUCCUCUUUCUCUCUCUCUCUCUCUCUCUCUCUCUCUCUCUCAAUGGAGAACCAAAAACAGAAACAAGAAUUCAUUUUCAGAUCCAAACUUCCAGACAUCUACAUCCCAAAUCACUUGCCACUCCACACAUAUUGCUUCGAAAACAUAUCCCAAUUCAGCUCUCGUCCCUGCAUCAUCAAUGGCUCCACCGGCGACACCUACACCUACGCCGAUGUCGAGCUCAUCGCUCGCAAAGUCUCCGCCGGCCUCAACAACCUCGGCAUCCGACAAGGCGAUGUCAUCAUGCUCUUGCUCCACAAUUCUCCCGAAUUCGUGUUCUCCUUCCUCGGCGCAUCGUACAGCGGCAUAACUAUUACCACAGCCAACCCGUUCUACACUCCUGCGGAGAUCGAAAAACAAGCGAAAGCAUCCAAGGCGAAACUCAUAAUCACCCAAUCUUGUUAUGUCGAGAAAGUAACGGAAUUUGGAAAAGAAAACGACAUCAAAAUCGUCUCCACCGACUCCACCCCGGGGAAUUCUUGUCUGCAUUUCUCUGAGUUAAGUCAGGCGGACGAGACGAAUGCCCCGGCGGUGAAGAUCAACCCAGAUGAUGUCGUGGCGCUACCUUAUUCGUCGGGAACCACGGGACUACCGAAGGGGGUUAUGCUGACACAUAAGGGAUUGGUGACGAGUGUGGCACAACAGGUUGACGGUGAGAAUCCAAAUCUUUAUUUUCACAGUGAGGAUGUGAUCAUGUGUGUGCUACCAUUGUUCCAUAUAUACUCUCUCAACUCGGUGUUGCUAUGCGCUCUCCGAGUUGGGGCGGCGAUUCUGAUUAUGCAGAAAUUUGAGAUUAAGUUGUUGAUGGAGCUUGUGCACAAGUAUAAGGUGACGAUUGCGCCGUUCGCGCCACCCAUCGUGCUGGCGAUCGCAAAUAGUCCGGUGUUCGAUGAUUAUGAUUUGUCGUCGAUUCGGACGGUGAUGUCCGGUGGGGCACCCAUGGGGAAGGAGCUUGAAGAUACUGUUAGAGCCAAGCUUCCGAAUGCUAAACUUGGACAGGGUUAUGGCAUGACAGAGGCAGGACCAGUCCUCUCAAUGUGCUUAGCUUUUGCUAAAGAACCUUUUGAGAUAAAAUCAGGUUCAUGUGGGACUGUUGUCAGAAAUGCCGAAAUGAAGAUCGUAGACCCUGACACUGGUGCUUCUCUUCCCCAAAACCAAGCUGGAGAAAUUUGCAUCAGGGGUGACCAAAUCAUGAAAGGCUAUUUGAACGACCCGGAGGCCACAGAGAGAACAAUAGACAAAGAAGGAUGGUUGCACACCGGUGACAUUGGCUAUAUUGAUGACAACGAUGAGCUCUUCAUCGUUGACCGGUUGAAGGAAUUGAUCAAGUACAAAGGGUUCCAAGUAGCUCCGGCCGAGCUCGAAGCAAUGUUGAUUGCUCAUCCCGACAUCUCUGAUGCUGCCGUUGUGCCCAUGAAAGAUGAGGCUGCAGGAGAAGUUCCGGUUGCAUUUGUUAUAAGAGCUAAUGGUUCUAAGAUAACAGAGGAUGAGAUUAAGCAAUACAUCUCAAAACAGGUGGUGUUCUACAAAAGAAUUAAUCGGGUUUUCUUUGCGGAUUCAAUUCCUAAAGCUCCAUCUGGUAAAAUCCUUAGAAAAGACCUAAGAGCGAAGCUCGCAGCUGGCUUUGCCAAUUAAUCUUUAUAUUCGAUGUAUGUAUUAUACAUUAAAAAUUUGUAUAUUAAGGGCACACGGAGUAUUUUCUUCCCCUCGCAUUGCCCAUCAAGAAGACAUUGAGUGCAUUUGAUUUAUUUCAAUAGUUAUGUGAUUCCUUGUAUGUGUUGGAUUUUUCGCUCUUCAAGAAACAAACUUGAACGGAGAGAAAACCAAGUGCUUU